AUGGUUUACCAGUUUGUAUGGUUUACCAGUUUUGUAUGGUUUGCCAGGUUGUGUUUGUAUGUUGUGAUGGCGAGAAAACUUGAUCUUAUCAAAGAUAUUGAUGACAAGAAAGAAACAUUGAAACUUGCUGUUAGAGUCAAAGACUUGUGGUUUGUUCAAAACCGGGAUAAUAGUCGUCAUAUGGAGAUGAUUCUUUUGGAUCACAAGGGUGAUAUGAUUGCUGCCAUGGUAAGAAAGGAGGAUUUAUGUUUGUGGGAAGAAAAAGUCGUAGAGGGUCAAACCUAUAUAAUGCAUAACUUUAAGAUAUUGAAAAAUCAAGGACAAUUUCGGGUAUGUGAACAUCCUUACAAAUUGUUGUUCAUUGGGGCCACAACUAUAAAACAACAACCAAUUUCGAGUAUUCCACUGAACGUUUACAAUUUCAAAAGUAUUGAAGAUAUAGUGGAUGGAAAUUACUCUGCUGAUUUGGUGUAUGAUAUUAUUGGAGUGGUUGAUAAUGUGAGGUGUAAUCCUCAGUCGAAGAAUGUGGUCUUUCAUAUAAGGGAUAUGAGUUCUGCAGUGAUUGGUUGUACGUUGUGGGAUUCAUAUUACUUCAAGUUUAUGAGUAAUUGGAGGGGUGAACCAGAUUCCUAUCUUCUUGUCGUUCUGUUGACACAGGCUAAGAUUAAGCCGUGUUCAGGUCGGUGGCCAGUCUCAAUAUCCAAUUCCUGGAAUGGUUCAAAGCUCUUUAUGGGUGAAGAAUGUGCUGAGUUAGUUCGGUUCAGGGAGCAAUGGAUAGAACGUUUUGGCAAUGAAGUUAAUCCGAGUCAAGAGUGUAGCCAAUUGAGUUCACCGUCCCAGUAUAGUGAACAUGAGAAAUUUAUGUAUAAAGCUGUUGUGCGUACGAUAUCUGAAAUCACAUGUAUGAAAGAGGAACAAUAUUGUGUUACGGUUGCAAAUACUGUAAAGUUUAAUUUGGGUAAUGAUGGAUGGUGUUAUCCAGUAUGCAAUAGUUGCAGGAAGAAGACUGAUGAAGUAGGUCCUUUUAAGUGUAUUCUUUGUGGGUUUGAUAAUGAAAAACAUGGAAUUAGAUAUAAGUUAGAAUUACAGGUUACAGAUGGGAACAGUUACACAAAUUUUGUAAUGUGGGAUCAAGACUGUACUAAUUUGAUUGGUGUAUCAGCUCUUGAAUUGAUGAAUAAGAUGAUUGAGGUGGAUGGUGAAGAUGAUCCGAAAUGUUUUCCAGAGGAUUUAGAUGCUUUGCUAGGAUGUACUCUUGCUUUUAAGGUUAGAGUUCAACCAAGUAACAGAUCUUCCUCUGUAAUGAAAGCUUCUACCAAUCCUGAAACUAUUGCUUCAAUUAGAAGUAAACUUGACCCUAAGAUGAUUAAGGACAACAGUGCUGAAGGUACAUCUGAUUCGAGUCACGAAGCAAACUCCAAAGAGGGACCCGAAAUAGAGGAGGAUAAAUCAAGUAAGGCAACAGAUAUAUGUGUUUGGAAUAACCAACCAAAAACAGCCAAAGAGUCGAGGCCUAAGGCUAUAUGUGCUCCCAAUACGCAAUCUCCAGCAAGUGCUCUGAAUAUAAGUGGUCGUCAUACAAAAAACAUUGAAGAGUCAAGUCGCACACCUGUACUUGUAUCCACAAAGGAACCCAAAUCAUCUGAUGGGUCCACGAACAAAUCAAAGUCUGGUGGUUCCAGUAAAAGUGCAUGCCAUACAGGAAAGAAUAAAGAAAUCCUUGAACAGGCAGGUUUUGAACGAAAUACAGAAGCUGAUAUGUGCACGUUGACUUUGAGUGGAUCCGCAGAUCAUGACCCUUAUAUUGACUUCUGUGUUACCCCUACCAAGGAACUGUUGUUCGACUUUGAGGUUGAUUGUGACCAUCUGGAUGAUAUUCCAAGUGCAGAAUUUUCUAGGUCCAAAACUAAAAAGCGGAUGAAACAGGAGAAGCUGUAA